GAAAGCCAAGAGCAUCAGCAAAGGGGGAGGAGGAACCGCAGCUCCGUCUGGAAAUGCCAAGGCUGUUCUAGAAAGCGCGGAGCGGGAGGCUGCGUGUUCUUAGGCGGGUGGCAGAAGGUGCUUCUCGCGGGCAGGGCAGGAUCAGGGCACGCCUUCGGCAUUCCAUAGCCGUUGCUUUGACGCCGAUCGCGGGGUCUAAAUCGGCUGCUGUCUCUCGGUUGCCUCUGCCACAUUUGGGGGUCGUUUGCCCUCCUGCAAGAGCCCAGGGGCGUCUGAGUUACAGACAAGAGACCAGACAAGACGAUUGUGCCUUCGCCACAGGGAUUUCAGCAGACAUUUCAUUGAUUCAGAAUGACACCAUGGACGAAACCAUUACUCUUAUCCUGCAUUAUCUGCAUGGGCCUGACACAAGCGGAAUUUUUCACUUCUAUAGGCCAGAUGACAGACCUCAUUUAUGCAGAAAAAGAUCUUGUACAGUCGUUAAAAGCAUAUAUUGAAGAAGAAGAAUCUAAGCUGGUGAAAAUUAAAAGUUGGGCUGAGAAGAUGGAAUUGCUAACUAUCAAAUCCACUUCAGAUCCAGAAGGUUAUCUUGCACACCCAGUCAAUGCAUAUAAACUGGUGAAGCGUCUGAACACAGAAUGGCUGGAACUAGAGAAUCUGGUUCUUGAGGAUGCAACCAAAGGUUUUAUUGCAAAUCUCACAAUUCAUCGUCAGUUCUUUCCAAAUGAAGAAGAUGAGACAGGAGCUGCCAAGGCAUUAAUGCGCUUGCAGGACACCUACAAGCUUGACUCUGAAAUAAUCUCAAAAGGAGAAUUUCCAGGGACAAAGUACAGAUCAGUCCUGACAGUGGAUGACUGCUUUGGCAUGGGGAAAACGGCAUAUAACGAAGGGGAUUAUUACCACACUGUGCUUUGGAUGCAGCAGGCAUUGAAACAGCAUGAUGAAGGCGAAGAAGCCACCAUCACAAAGGUGGAGAUCCUGGAUUACCUCAGCUAUGCUGUCUUUCAGCUUGGCGACAUACACAGAGCUAUGGAGCUCACAAGGCGUUUGGUGUCCCUCGAUCCCAGUCAUGAGAGGGCAGGCAGCAACAUGCGAUACUUCGAGAAGCUGCUGGAGAAAGAAAAAGAAGCCAAGCCAUUUAAUGAGACCUCAAAUACGAUAGAACCAACAACAUAUGGUGGAAUUUAUGAAAGACCCCAGGACUACCUGCAAGAGCGUGAAAUCUAUGAAGGUCUCUGCAGAGGAGAAGGUGUGAAAAUGGCACCUCGACGACAGAAGAGGCUAUUUUGUAGGUAUCACAAUGGGAACCAAAAUCCCCAUCUCCUUAUAGCACCGUUUAAAGAAGAAGAUGAAUGGGACAGCCCACACAUUGUCAGGUACUAUGAUGUGUUAUCUGAUGAAGAAAUAGAGAAGAUUAAGGAACUGGCUAAACCAAAAUUGGCAAGAGCUACUGUACGUGAUCCCAAGACAGGUGUACUAACUGUAGCAAGCUACCGGGUGUCUAAAAGUUCAUGGCUGGAGGAAGAUGAUGAUUUGGUUGUUGCCAAAGUGAACCAUCGAAUGGAGCAGAUCACAGGAUUAACAGUGAAAACAGCUGAAUUAUUGCAGGUUGCUAAUUAUGGCAUGGGAGGACAAUAUGAGCCACACUUUGACUUCUCAAGGAAAGAGGAACGUGAUGCUUUCAAGCGUUUAGGGACUGGGAAUCGUGUGGCGACUUUUUUAAACUAUAUGAGUGAUGUAGAAGCUGGAGGUGCCACAGUAUUCCCAGACUGUGGAGCAGCAAUUUGGCCCAAAAAGGGGACUGCAGUAUUUUGGUAUAACCUCUUCAGAAGUGGAGAAGGUGAUUACCGAACACGACAUGCAGCAUGUCCAGUGUUAGUAGGGUGUAAGUGGGUAUCAAACAAGUGGUUUCAUGAAAGAGGAAAUGAAUUCUUAAGACCAUGUGGGACAACAGAAGUCGACUGAAACCACCCUAUGCAUUAGUGAGCUAUUUUUUCCAUCUCACCACAACUUUGUGCAUCGUCCAGUUCAUUUCUAAGAAAUGACUCCUACUCUACUAUGAAAAAUAAUGAUGGCACUAUUUAUUUAAAGAUAAGGCGGUAGCUGUCCAUGAAAGAAGAGAGCUCUUUGUACAAUUGGUGCUAUGUGGUUGUUUCUCCAUUUCUCAUAUCCCUGACUUCAUCAGUUUCUGUACCAACGACAGAAACUGUCCUCUCAUGAUUAAGUGUUGGAAUACUUUGGCCAUGUGCCUUCUGAACAUUGCCAGCAUUUCUAGAUGUUAAAAAUAUGUCACUGAAAAAAUAUGUCACUGAAAAAUAAAUUUUAUUGUAUUUCU